AUGAAAUUGUUUCUGCAAUUAUUAUUGGUUGUAUUCUGUUGUGGUUUCAUUUUGUGUCAAAUGUUGAAUAGUCGAUACGGAGAGGCAGAUUAUCGUAAUGAAGAUCUUGAUAGAUAUAAUGCAUUCUAUGAUGAUGAUCCUAAUUACAUUCAAAAACGUGUACAAUUUCUACGUCUUGGUAAAAGAUUAGCCAGGAAAUCUGCUAAUCCUUAUGUUGGUUAA